AUGACAUUGAGCAAAGGUCUUUUCACUAUCAAGGAUUUGGGGCAUGCCAAAUACUUCCUCGGUCUAGAAAUUGCUCGUUCUUCCGAAGGUACUUCAGUCACUCAGCAGAAGUACAUCAAAGAUAUCAUCCAUGAUUCUGGCCUUGACAACGCCAAUCCUGUGCACACUCCGCUGCCUUUAGGUUUGAAAUUAAGUUCUUGUGGAACUGUUUUGGAGGAUCCAGAAUCAUAUCGACGUUUAAUUGGAAGGCUCUUAUACCUGGGAUUUACUCGCCCGGAUGUUUCUUACGGGGCGCAGCAACUGAGCCAGUUUGUUCAUCGUCCUUGCAAGGAACAUCUGGCUGCUGCUCUACACUUGGUUAAAUAUCUCAAGGGGACUUCUACAAAAGGUCUCUUUUUUCCUGCCCAUAAUUCCUUUUCUUUGACUGGAUAUUGCGAUGCUGAUUGGGCUAGCUGCCCUGAUAGUCGACGUUCGCUCACAGGUUAUUGUAUAUUUUUGGGUUCGGCCUUGAUUUCGUGGAAGACUAAAAAGCAACCUACCGUCUCCCGCUCCACAGCAGAAGCUGAAUAUAGGAGUCUUGCUGCGACCGUCUGCGAAUUACAGUGGAUUUCAUAUCUUCUUAAGGAUUUUCAGGUUCCAAUUCAGACUCCGAUUCCUCUCUAUUGCGACAACCAAGCCGCUGUCCACAUUGUCGCCAACCCCGUAUUUCACGAACGCACGAAGCACUUGGAGAUCGAUUGUCACUUAGUUCGUGACAAGUACAAAGAUGGGUUCGUUCUUCCUUCCCAUGUUCCAAGCAAGCUACAACUCGCUGAUUGCUUCACCAAAGUUUUAGCUCGCCCUGCUCUCACUGUUCAUCUCUCCAAGUUGGGCUUGGUUGACUUCUCUUCAAGUCCAACUUGA